UGAGACCGUGUGGGUGUGGUCCAGGAUGGUUCCAGAUACUCUCUGCGGAUGGCCAGACGGAACACUCGCUGAAGGAAAAGGGAAGCGUGCCAUCUCAGAGGGCAUUUUCCAAGAGGAAGUUUCAACAGACCUCACCAAAAUGCCGUCUCAAAUGGAACACGCCAUGGAAACGAUGAUGUUCACGUUCCACAAGUUUGCUGGGGACAAGGGCUACUUAACGAAGGAGGACCUGAGAGUUCUCAUGGAAAAGGAGUUCCCUGGAUUCCUGGAAAAUCAGAAAGACCCCCUGGCUGUGGACAAAAUAAUGAAGGACCUAGACCAGUGCCGGGAUGGCAAAGUGGGCUUCCAGAGCUUCUUCUCACUAAUUGCCGGGCUCACCAUCGCAUGCAAUGACUAUUUUGUGGUUCACAUGAAGCAAAAGGGGAAGAAGUAGGCAGCACUGAGCCACGCCCCCACCCCAAGAGAGUUCUCCUGAGGGUCUCACGGAGUCGGCCCCGCAGCUCCCCACUCCAUGAGCAGAUCGGGACCCUCAGAAAAUGUAUACAUAAAAUGCAACCCCCUUUUGAGAAGCAGAGAAAGUAAAGGCAGUGAAAGCCAGAUCAGCUUUUCAUUUUUUAUAUUGCCUGCAUCCCCUUGCCCUCAAUAAACGAAUUCUUUUUUUAGUUCCUCA